AUGAGCGGCAACAGCGGUUAUGGUAACGGCCACGGCUACUCCGGUGGCGGCCGGCACGAUGCCAAUGACGGGGCAUACGGUGGAAACAACAACCUCAGUGUGAACGGAUACAGUGGGCGAGGUGUUGCGCCCCCAAGCGGAGGUGGACGCUCUGAUCGUCGCCCAGGCGGAUACGGUGGCUUCUAUGCCGAUGGGCCUCCGACUCCAGUAUUAUCGCCGGGCCAAUCUCCCUCGCCUAGUCAGUCACCCGAGCGGCGGCGCGAUCGAUCGAACCGGGACUGGCAGCAACCUUCCUCGCACCCCUCGGCGCAUUCUUCGUCGCAUCCCUCCUCACAAGCCUCUUCAAAACCCUCUUCGCGGUCACGGACAAGAAAUCAGGAGCCCGACAGAAAGUACCAGGAAGAACGGUCUAGAGAUGCAAGUCGGUACGCGGAGAACAGCGACCAAAGAGACCAAAGGAAGGCGAGGAAUGCGUCACCUGUGGUUCAACAUAGAAAUGAGUCAGGAGAAACCCAAGCCAUCGAAGCGAUUCUACAGUCGAUCCAGCGUGAUUGGGAUUUCAUGACCGAUGCCGAAUGUGUUCCUGUACACGUUGCUUUGAGUUUGAUGGACACGAGUACAUUGGGUAAAGCAGAUCGCGAACCGGAAUUUUUGCACAUGUACAACGAUAUCCAGAAGACAUUGAAGGCAAUUGUGAAUAAACACCAUCAGGGGUUCAACAGUUCUAUCGGAACAUAUCACAAGAUCCAAUCCAAUAUAUCUUCCUCGCAAAAUCGAGUGCGCAGUCUGAGACAUGCCCUUGACCAGGCCAAGUCCGGGCUAAUAUCGACCAAGCCCGAACUGAAAGGGCUGGCGACGUCUUCUCAAAACUAUGAUGAUAUUGUUCAGCUAUUCACUCAGAUCGAAGAAAUCCAGUCUCUUCCCGAGAAGCUAGAAACCCAGAUCUCCGCUAAGCGGUUCCUCGCAGCUGUGGAUGUGCUUCACACGGGUCUUAAAGUUCUGCGCCGCUCGGAGCUGGAGGACAUUGGUGCUCUAUCUGAUAUUCGUGCUUAUUUUCUAAACCAGGAAACGUCGCUCACUGACAUCCUGAUUGAGGAACUACACGAUCAUCUAUAUCUGAAGUCACCCUAUUGCUCCGAUCGAUGGAAAUCCUCCAUCUCGGAGGGCGAGGUGCAUACAUCAAACUCCAGUUGGGCGAGUAGUCGCUCCUGGGAACGGCCCAUUUUUACUUUCCUGGCGAAAUUCGAUCCAUUGACGCCCAUGGUUGAGGAUGCCUCCCGAAACCCCGAGGCAGAUACGUUUUCUUACAUUCAGUUGUUGAUCGAAGCACUCAAUAAAAUGGGUCAUCUGGAUAUCGCUGUUCAUCGAAUCGAGCAACGCCUUCCUGUAGAACUAUUUGCUGUGGUGGAUAAAACGAACGCAGAGGUUGAUACUCGUUACCCUGCACCAACCAAGAGCUUCUCAGCCCAGGACAAUUACAAACAAUCAAGUCUCCCCACUGAGAUUAUCGAGAAACGAGGCCAUGUGCUUUCUGAGUUCUUGUGGGCAUUAUAUUCCAAGUUUGAGGCAAUCGCGGAAAGCCACCGGAUUCUUCACGAUGUUGUCGCUGCCAUUGUACAAAGAGAAGGUAUAACCAAGAGCGAGGCGCUUUCUGGUGGAUUCAAGGAGUUGUGGAAACUCUUGCAGAGUGAAAUACGAUCUCUUAUGCACGACUAUCUUGCAACUGAUGGGGACUCCUCUGUUCGGUCAAGAGCAGAUGAAAACGACACUAGGCGCCAGGUGUACACAGGCCAUCGUGAUAAGAAUAAGAAAAUGUUCAAGUUGUCUGACAAUGAACAAAACUCCGAGAUGAAAGCCGAGCAGGAUGAAUUGGACGAAAUCCUCAAGUCUUCCGUGCCAGGUCUUGUUUCCAAAUCACGACAAAAGACCGCAACACAUGAUAAUACGCAAUCCAAUAUGGGCAACUCAGGAACCGGACAUAAGAUAUUGCUUGAGCCAAGUGUCUUCAACAUGGGGAUCCUUCUUCCGCCAUCCUUAUCCUUCAUUCAGCGGCUCAAGGAUAUCGUUCCUGUUGAUGCAGAAAUUUCCAUGGGCACUUUGACCUCCUUUCUGGAUGACUUCAUGGUCAACGUCUUCCUACCUCAGUUAGAUGAAACAGUAACCGAUCUUUGCACACUCAGUUUCAUUGCCGCGGAUGCGUUUACCGAGGACCCCCAAUGGGCGAAGGUCUCUCCUCGACCUAUCUUUAGGGGAACGGUCAAAUUCAUGUCUAUUGUCCGAGAAUUCAGUAAGAUGUUGUCAAGCAUUCCACAUGACCAAGCAUUUACCCAGCUUCUCAUUGACCAAAUCGUGACCUAUUACGACAAGUGCUGUGGAUGGUACAAAGCAAUGGUCACAAAGGUGUCUGCACGGCACCAUGGAGGCGAAGUCCGAUUGAAAGCCGCUGCAUCCUUUGCUGAGUCUGGUGACAUCCAUGAUGUUGUUGAUGAACUUUGGAAAGGAGCUGGGGACAAGAAACAGACACUCAUCGAUACGGAAAUCGACCUCCUUCUCAAGCGGACAAAUGAAGUGCCAUUAGAGCCGUACGACAUCAUAUCUGACCCAAAGACUGUCAUUUCCCUUUCGCUUCUGUACAACAGCAUGCAAUGGCUUGCAAGUCACCUUUCCCAACUCCGGCUCGUGGUUGAACAGACUGCGGAUGCCGAAUCUUCGAGUUUGACUGCAACCGGUCGGCCAUCCCGCAGAUGGACACUGUUUGGAUCCAUGAAGCCCAACCGUGAUAGCAUCAAUAACCCGGUGCACUUGCCACUCAAUCACGAGACCGCUGUGGCUUUUGAUGGGACAAUCCAAUCAUUACAUGGGCUCAGUGCUACUGCAAUCCUGACGAUGCAUAUUGACAUCCGGUGCGGCAUCAUCCACAUGUUGACGAGGACAAUGGCUGGGCCGAAUCCCCCGAACUUGCGGCACUCUGAACCCGUAACGCCAUCCCCCAGCAACAUAGAUAACUGGUGGCACAUUAUCAUGAACCAGCCAACCGCUGCGUCUCCCACGAUCCUCGCGCUGAACAAUGAUCUCAUCGCAUUUGACACCAACAUAUCGACGUACCUAGGAUCUGUUGAGCGCUGGUUUAUCACAUCAGGUCUAGCACGAGUCAUCGACCGGGUCUUUGUCGCUUGUACUCAUUACAUUGGAGCCAUGAAUGAGAAUGGAGCCUUGCGCCUACAGCUCGAUGUGCUUGUCCUCCAGCAGAACUUGAAGAACAUUAUCAUUGAUCCAGUUGGGAAUGCAUCCGAUUCAGGAACGGAUUUACCCGUGCCGGCUUCUCAAGAGGUCGUCGCCUUGCCACGCAGUGCCAAGUUCUUAGAUUGGUUCCUGGAAGGCGCCGAGAAGGCCCUCGACUACGCCAAGGACGAGAAGGACGCGUUUGCGUCCCAAGGAGACAAAGCCUUGGCUGCUGGUAACGGCGAGCCAUUUACCUACGACGAGUUGCGUAUCCUCGUGGACUUGUGCUUCUCUGAAAUUCUCCGUGGUCCGCGUGGCGCAGAAAGCCGCGAGGACUUCAUGUCGGCCAAAAACGCCAGCGCGGAUGCGCUACUGAGACUAAAUGAGAUUAUGUGGGAUGCUCGAUAG